AUGCCUUGGCCCAACACACAGCCCCAAACUGCGACUCCAAAAGUGAAACCCCCGGGACACACGUUACUCGUCGCCAACCGCGGCGAGAUCGCCGUCCGCAUUAUCCGCACCGCGCGUGCCGUUACCAUGGACGGGGCCGGCGCCAUCUCGACCAUCUCGCUCUACACACCGAGUGACGCGCACGCAUUGCACGUAUCCUUGGCAGACAUUGCCGUCCCGCUCUCUCUACCGCUGCCGUCUUUCAAUGCCGAGCCGAACACGAGCCAAUAUGAGUCCGCCGCCUACCUCGAUCCACGUGCACUCCUCACCCUCGCCGCAGAGCACAGUGCGACGCUCCUACACCCCGGCUACGGUCUCCUUUCCGAGUCCGCGCACUUCGCGGAGUUGUGUCGCACUGCAGGUGUGACGUUCCUCGGACCGUCGCCUGAGGCGAUGCGGGAGCUCGGAGGAAAGGACGCGGCAAGACGAGUUGCAGGACGGGUGGGCGUGCGAGUGCUGGAAGGUUCUGGGAUGAUUCCUUUGAGGGAAGAGGAUUCGGAGAGGGAGAGAGAGAGCGCGGUGGAGGAAGCGAGGAGAAUAGGAUGGCCGGUGGUGGUGAAGCCUGUUUUGGGAGGAGGCGGGAGGGGAAUUGUCGUGUGUAACGAUGAAGAGCAGGUGCGGAGGGCUGUGAAGGAGGCUUCGCGGAGUGCUGGAGGUAGAAUGGGAGACGAAGAGGAAGAGGAAGAUGGGGGCGUGAUCAUAGAGUGCUAUGUCGAUCGCGCGCGACACGUCGAGGUGCAGGUCUUUGGCAACUCAGCAGGACACGUCGUCCCCCUCGGCGUGCGCGAGUGCAGCGUGCAGCGGCGCCACCAGAAGGUGCUCGAAGAGGCGCCGGGGGCGUUCUUAGCUGUACAUCCGGAGGUGGUCCGGGAGAUCUGCGCGUCCGCUAUCAAGCUGUGCGAGAGUGUGAACUAUGGUUCGGCAGGCACGUGCGAAUUCCUCGUCGACUGCGAUACAUGCGAGGUGUUCUUUUUAGAAAUGAACACUCGGAUCCAGGUGGAGCACCCUGUCACCGAAUAUGCGCACCCCGGCGUGCCACAGCUCGACAUUGUCCGGCUCAUGAUCGAGCAAGGCAUCGCGGAGCGCGAAGGGCGCGGUGGGCUCGACCCCGCGUACCUCGAUGGAUUUGCUUUCCACUUACCAGAUUUUAAUAGCGGUUCCGAUGGGUCCCUGACCUGCACUGUGCACGCGAUCGAGGCGCGCGUGUGCGCAGAGAACCCAGCGGCAGGGUUCGUUCCGUCCGCAGGAGUUAUGCAGCGUGUCGUAUUUGGGCCUAAGGAGGCAAUGAAGGGCGACGAGGCAUGGUUGAGAGUUGAUACCUGGGCUACCCCCGGCACUGCCAUCUCCCCGCACUUCGAUUCCCUUCUUGCGAAGCUAAUCGUUCGUGCGCCCACCCGCGCGCAGGCCGUCGAGCGUAUGCUCCGCGCGCUCGAUGCGACCCAAAUUUACGGCCCGCCGACCAAUGUGCAAUUCUUGCGAGCUGUAGUGUCUUCGGAAGCGUUUCGACGGGGCGAGGUGACGACGAAGUUCUUGGAUGAUUUUAACCAUAACUCCAGGUCUGUGCACGUCCUUGCCCCUGGCCUCUCGACGACUGUGCAGUCCCUCCCGCACCGCACCGUGGGCCACGGCAUCCCGCAAAGCGGACCAUUCGAUACCCUCUCCAUGCGCAUUGCCUCUCUCCUCGUCAAUAAUACCGACCCCGUUCCGCGCGAUGGAGUCUCUACAAAUGCUGCGUGUGAUGUCCUCGAAAUUACCCUUGCCGGCCCAACGCUUCUCUUCCGUGCCCCCGCGGUGCUCGCGCUCACAGGCGCCCGCGCACUGCUCCUCGUCAAUGGCGAGUCGAGACCGAUGUGGGCGCGCGUCGCGGUGCGCUCGGGAGCGCGUGUGAGUGUGGGCAGGCUGGAAAGCGUGGGCGAGAGUGUAGGGUGCCGAGCGUAUCUGGCUGUGAGGGGCGGAUUUCCGGAGGUGGCUGCGUAUUUGGGGUCCAAGGCUACGUCAGUCGGGAUGGGCGGCUAUCAGGGCCGUGCGUUGGUUGUGGGUGACGAGCUCGCACUCCGCGCGUGCGAUAUUCGACACGAUGAGCUUGAUGCCGGACCCCUUGUUCUGCCAGCUUCUCUUCGACCCCCCUAUCCAUCACCCCAAACUGACUCUCCAAACGCGACAUGGAUACUCCACGUCCUCCUGGGCCCACACAGUGACGCUGAAUUCCUGACCUCCCGCGGGCUCCACACUUUCUUUGCAUCCUCGUGGACCGUCCAGCCGUCCAGCAGCCGCUCCGGCAUCCGUCUCUCCCGUUACCAUACCCGGGGUUUCUCCGAAAACCCCCCUGCGCCCCCGUCCGGGCCCGCAAUCCAAUGGGCGCGGACAGGCGGUAGCGAGGGCGGGGCGCACCCGUCGAACGUGCUCGACUGCGCAUAUGCGCGCGGGAGCGUGAAUUUGAACGGGGAUACGCCUGUCAUUUUGGGCGUUGAGGGCCCAGAUAUGGGCGGGUUCGUGUGUGUCUGCGUAGUAGUGACGGCGGAUCUAUGGAAGCUGGGCCAGUUGCGUCCUGGGUGCUUGCUCCGAUUUGAACCCAUUUCGGUCGAUCGAGCCGUCCAGAUGAUGGAGCAUACUGAACAUAUGGUUGACACUGUCCGGAAGUUUGUUCGCACCGGCACCGUUGUCGCACACCCUGAGCCCGCAGAUUUGGAGACAUCUGACGACCUACAAGAUCCAAGGCUGCAUGUCGUUGAGGAGAACCCGGGCAAUCAGAGACCGCAAGUUGUGUUCCGCCAGGCCGGUGACUCUGCAGUACUCGUAGAAUACGGGUCUAUGCACCUUGAUUUCGGUAUCCGCGCACGCAUACAUGCAUUCGAGGUGGAAGUGCGCAGACGAAAGAUUCCAGGCAUAACAUCCUUGGCUCCUUGCAUUCGAUCGAUCAUGUGCUAUUACGACCCGCGGUCCGUCUCUCAAUCGAGCCUGCUCGCCCAUCUGAUCGCGGCUGAACAUGCGCUUCCGGACUCGACGUCGGAUAUGCACUUUCGCUCUCGCAAGUUCGAGUUCCCGAUCGUUAUAGACGACCGGUGGAACCGGGACGCGCUGGAGAGAUACAUGCGGUCCGUUAGAAGCAAGGCGGUUUAUCUUCCGAGCAAUAUCGAGUAUCUGGCAAGAAACAACGGACUCAAAGGAGGCGCAGAGGAAGCGCUUCGGUUAUUGGUGGUAUUUGGCGUUGGGUUUUAUUUGGGAUGUCCAUUUCUCGUCCCGGCUGACCCACGCUGUCGACUAGUAGGGCAGAAAAUGAACCCUUCACGAACAUUCACCCCCCGCGGCGCCGUCGGGAUUGCAGGCCUAGUCGCGGCGAUAUAUCCCACAGAAUCUCCCGGUGGAUAUCAGCUUUUUGGGCGUACGCUUCCUGCUUGGCAAACGUGGGGUCGAGGGGAGAAUUUCACUCCAGAGAAACCGUGGUUACUCAAUUCGUUUGAUCAGAUUACCUUCAAACCGGUCAUGGAGGAUGAGUAUCUAGAGCUCGAGAAACAGUUUGAUGCUGGACUUUAUAAAUUUAAGGUUGAGGAAACUGUGUUUUCGAUGGCAGAGUAUGAGACAUUCGUGAGUUCGGUCGCGGACGAGGAAGCGCGGUUCAAGGCUAGACAAGCGGAAGGCGUCAGGCGUGAAUCAGAAAGGUUUGCUCACGAGCUCACAGCCGCCUCGGACACAAACACAGGGAUAACCAUAACGGCACCACUUGCUGCGCGCAUGUGGAAGAUACGAUGCAAGCUUGGCGACGUGAUCGACUCUGCUGAGGUUGUUGUCGUGGUACUUGAAGCCAUGAAGACGGAAGUCAGCAUCGUGGCAGGCGAGGAGGCAGUUGGGAGGACUGUGAAAGGGUUUGGGACGGCCGCAAGGGAAGGAACGUCUGUAAGCGCGGGCGAUGUCCUAAUUAUUCUUGAGUGA